ACUCCGCUCCCCGCUGCCGAUCCCUCUCCCGGGGUCGGGGCUGGCACAAAGCGCCCCUUUGUCCAUCCCGGGGGCGGAGAGAGGCCGGAGCUCAAAGGCCGGGCAGCCGCUGCCCACCCGGCCAACAAAAGCAUCUCCUGCUGCCCCCGGCCCCGGGCAGGCAGGGAGGGGGCCGGGGUGAGGUGAAUACGGGUCAUUGUCACCCCGAGCCAGCCGGGACCCGCAGCGGGGAUCAAACGGGCCAGGCCGGAGUGGAAGGGGUGGGGUGAGGGGGGACAUCCAAAAAAGCUCUUCUCCCUCCUCAGAUCUCCCCUUAUCUCCGCUGGCUAUCUCCUGGGCUCAGCCCGGGUGUACCUGCUCGCAAUUACCUCCCCAAGCCAAUCAGGCGCCGAGCACAGCCCUCGGUCCCCUUGACUGAGGUGAUUUAUAAAUGACUCACUGCAGGUCUGAGCGCAGACCUCUGCACAGCUCCGGGCUGCACCUCCUGCCCCAUCCGCACCCCCCGAGCGCAGAGAUGAGCCAGGCCAGGCCUCGCUAUGCCAUCGAGCGUCCUGCCUACUCUGUCAGCCUCUUUGACCAGGAGUUUGAGAAGAAAACCAGAACUUACCCCGUCGGGGAGAAACUGAGAAACCUUUUCAGAUGUUCCUCCUCCAGGCUCAAGCUCACGCUCUUCCGCCUGUUCCCGAUCCUGGCGUGGCUCCCCAAGUACAGGAUCAAGGAUUCCAUCCUGCCUGAUGUGCUGGGCGGGCUCAGUGCAGGGACAAUCCAAGUGCCACAAGGGAUGGCAUUCGCCCUCCUGGCCAAUCUGCCUCCUGUCAACGGGCUCUACUCCUCCUUCUUCCCCCUGCUCACCUACUUCUUCCUCGGGGGCAUCCAUCAGAUGGUGCCAGGGACUUUUGCUGUCAUCAGCAUCAUUGUUGGCAACAUCUGCAAUGAGCUGGCUCCAGAGUCGGACUUCCAGUACUUCAACCACAGCACCAACGAGAGCAGGGUGAACACCACGGCCCUGGAGGCGGCCAGGCUGGAGAUCUCUGCCACCCUGGCCUGUCUCACUGCCAUCAUACAGCUGUGCCUGGGCUUCCUGCAGUUUGGCUUCGUGGCCAUCUACCUGUCCGAGUCCUUCAUCAGGGGCUUCAUGACGGCGGCGGGGCUGCAGAUCCUCAUCUCCGUGCUCAAGUACGUCUUCGGCGUGACAGUCCCGUCCUACACCGGGCCCUUAGCUAUUGUCUACACAUUCAUUGACAUUUGUAAAGAGCUGCCCCAAACCAACCUGGCCUCCCUGGUCUAUGCCUUGGUCAGUGCUGUGCUCCUGAUCGUUGUCAAGGAGCUCAACCUCAAGUACAUGAAGAAGAUCCGGAUGCCCAUCCCGAUGGAGAUCAUCAUUGUGAUCGUGGCCACGGCAAUCUCGGGCAGCUUCAGCAUGCCCGACAAGUACGGGAUGCCGAUAGUGGGGAAGAUCAGCAUGGGCUUCCCAGAGCCCACCCUGCCCCUGGUGAGCAAGUGGAAGGACAUGGUGGGCACGGCUUUCUCGCUUGCCAUCGUGGGCUACGUGAUCAACCUGGCCAUGGGGAGGACCCUGGCAGCCAAGCAUGGCUACGACGUGGACCCCAACCAGGAAAUGCUGGCCCUGGGCUGCAGCAACUUCUUCGGAUCCUUCUUCAAAAUCCACGUCAUCUGCUGUGCUCUCUCUGUCACCCUGGCCGUGGAUGGGGCAGGAGCCAAAUCCCAAGUGGCAAGUUUCUUUGUGGCUCUGGUGGUCAUGGUGACCAUGCUGUCCCUGGGAAUCUACCUGGAGCCUCUUCCAAAGUCUGUGCUGGGAGCUCUCAUCGCUGUGAACCUGAAGAAUUCCCUCAAGCAGCUGGCUGACCCCUUCUACCUGUGGAAGAAGAGCAAGCUGGACUGUCUGGUCUGGCUCGUGAGCUUCCUCUCCGCGUUCUUCCUGAGCCUGCCCUACGGAGUGGCGGUGGGCGUGGGAUUCUCCGUGCUCGUGGUGGUUUUCCACACCCAGUUCCGCAACGGCUCUGCCCUGGGCCAGGUGAUUUCCACUGACAUCUACAAGAACCCCAAAACCUACAACAAGGUCCAUGAAAUUAAUGGGAUUAAAAUCGUCACCUACUGCUCGCCGCUGUAUUUCGCCAACUCGGAGAUAUUCCGUGAGAAAAUCAUAGCCAAGACAGGGGUGGAUCCUGGCAAGGUGUACUUGGCCAGGAGGAAAUUUGUGAAACGGCAGGCAAAGAGCACAGCACAACCACCAGCAAAGCUCCCAAAAUUCCUGCUGAAGGAGAGCAAGACCUUGUCCUUGCAAGAGCUCCAGAAGGAUUUUGAGAGCGCCUCUCCAACAGACACCAACAACAACCAGACCUCUGCUAACGGUGCCAGCAUCUCCUACAUCACAUUCCACCCUGCUGGCCCCGGGGCUGGGCCAGGGCAGAGCCCUGGGGAGCUGGGCAGCCCCACCCUGCAGGGCAGCCCCGACCCCGUCCUGGCAGCAUCGCCCUACAUCAGCUUCCACACCAUCAUCCUGGACAUGAGUGGGGUGUGCUUUGUGGACCUGAUGGGCACAAAAGCGCUCAGCAAGUUGUGUUCCAGUUACCAGAAGAUUGGGAUUAAAGUGUUCUUGGCAAAUGUGCAUGCCCAGGUGUACAAUGACAUCAGCACAGGGGGAGUUUUUGAGGAAGGAGGCCUGGACCGAAGUCACAUCUUCCUCACCAUCCACGAUGCUGUUUUGUUUGCACUGGCCAGUAUCAGAGAUUUUGUCCACCCACCCGUCUUGGAAGAGAGGCCGACCCAGACAGAGCUCUCCAUCUAUGAUGAGUCUGUGGAUGAGAGCAGUGCAGAGUACAAGAACCUGGAGGAGGAGAUGUUUGGAAGCAUGUUCCACUCAGAGACCCAGACAGCUCUGUGAGCACCAGGCAAACCCUCCAGAGGAGACUUUUCUGUCCCACCCCACCCUGGAGAGCUGCUCUUCUAUUGGGGACACAAAGGUUUGCAUCGAGGCCACCACGUCCAGAACUGCCAAACCCUCCCUGCUCUGCUGUGGAGCAAGGACUGUGGAGCAGGCAGCAGCCCCUGGGGAAGCUCAGGAGAUGGAUUCUGGUGGAUUCUGAUGUAUUCUGGUGGAUUCUGAUGGAUUACAGAAGUGCAGCUCGGCUGGAGGCAGCUGCCUGAACCUGGGGGAUGCUCAGCCACCCCUCUGUCCCACAAAAUCCUUCUGGAAUGGCAUCAUCUGUGCAUCCUGCUCCUUCCCUCUCCCUCCUCCCUCUCUCCCCUUGAAGUGGAAUGAAGCAAACACUGGAAGCCUUUCAGGGUUCCACGAGCAGCAGUGGCUCUGCUGAGGUGUGGCAGUGCCAGCUCUGCUGCUCUCUGAUGUGCACUGACCCCCAAAUUCCCCUCUGCCCCUCCUGUGUCCCAGCAUCCCCAAAAAAACACUGCCUCCAACACUGCUGGAUUUCUGACACCCCAAAAACCUCAGGACUCUCUCAGCAGGGCUAAAUUCUGAAAUACAGAAUUUUUUUCCUUGUUAAUAGGACAGGGUCAUACUCAGAAAUGAGAAUUCCUGCCUGCACAGUGGAUUGAGUACAUAAAACAGAUUAUAUUUUAAAAUGCUAUUUCUAUUUUAAUACUCUAUAAUAUUACAAAUACAAGCAAGCUUUAGUGUACAGUUUAAGUACACAGAUGUUAUUGAGCUGAUUGCUGGAGGCUUCCUGGGAAGAGAAUGUGGGGCUUUCCUGCAGCUCCCAGAUGUCUCAUUUUUAAGGAAAACCAUCCUUGCUAGGCAGCCACUAAAGGAAACAACAGCAGCACCCUGCCAGUUUGGUUUUAUGUAACAUCUCAAUAACCAAGUCACCAUUUCUCUACCUCAAUUUCUGAUUAUGUGGUGCAGGAGAGAGUAAUAAAACCAAAGGAGGGCAGAAAACCCUGUUAGCUGAUGGUUAUCACUUAUUUUAAGGUUAAACAACAAAAAAUCUGCAUGUAUAGCUUGUUUUACAAGGUAAAAUCAAGAGAUUAAGUCUCUUAAAUUGUCUUUGAGGGUGAUUCCUUUUGUACUGCCUCAGUGCUCCUUUUAAAAAGUGCCAAUUUUGAAGGAAAGGCAACAAAGAAAUCGGUGCAGAGCAACCAGAAACUGUCCUGAUCAAUAUUUUUGGGUCUCUGAGGUGGCAGUGCCAGUUCCCAACUCUUCAUUCAGGAUUCAUUUCCCAGCCUGGGGUCUGACAGCACAAAACCAGAAAUCCUCAGAGCACAGCCUUAAACCAGACUGGGUUUCCUGAAAUUCCUACGAGAAAUGAGAUGGGAUGGCACCAGAACUGGCUCAGAAAAAACAGAAAAGAGGCAAAUCAUGACCCAGGCAGAAGGAAAACCCAUUUCUGUAGCCAAAUUCUGGGUGAGUUCUGGCAAUAAAUGCAACUGCUGGAGGCACAGUGUGGCCAAAGUCAUAAUUCCCAAGUGCCUGGGCAGGAAUUAGGGGAGCUCAAAGUCAUGCUGGUGAAAUAUUUUCACUUCCAGUAAAAAUAUUCCUUUUAUCGCUUUUAAGUAACGGUGAGGUUGUUGUGUUUUGGCUCUGAAGCCUUACUUGGUAAAUGCAUGAUGUAU